GACAGUCACUUCAGUCGUCAAAACGCGACGACAAUGGCCACAUGUGUGAUGCUACGUUGCUUGUCUUCCAACUUUACCUCUGCCCUGCCCUUGCUCUACCGUUUGGCACAGCUACCUCCCUCUCGGCUGGUAUCCAGGGCAUAUUUACUACGGACUUUGUCCACUUCCACCCGACUCUCAUCAGCUCUUAAAUUCACAGACAAACACGAAUGGAUACGAGUAGAGGGAGCAGUAGGAACGGUUGGCAUCAGCAAAUUUGCACAGGAGGCUCUAGGAGAUGUGGUGUACUGUGGACUACCAGAGGUUGGCACACAGCUGGCACAGACUGAUGAAUUUGGAGCAUUGGAGAGUGUGAAGGCAGCCAGUGAGUUGUACUCUCCUCUAACCGGGGAAGUCACAGAGGUCAACACACUCCUGGCAGACAACCCUGGUCUUGUCAACAAGUCCUGCUACAAAGAUGGUUGGCUGAUGAAGAUGACCAUUGCCAACCCUAAGGAGCUGGAUGCUCUGAUGGAUGAGAAGGCGUAUGAGAGAUACAUCAGAUCCAUAGAGGACUAGCACCGCCUAGCCCCAACCCUUAUCACCCCUACCCCCUCACCUGCCUGUCAAUCACUAGUAGAGGAAGUGCACCAGUUGUGCCGUGGAGUCAGAUGUGACACUAUACCGGGGAACCCACAGAGAUGCCAGAGGAGCUGCAGAGCUCAUCCGUAUUGACCUGCCAGUGUUAUUGUGCUCUGAAUGUUAGGAGUCUUUAGUGUACUGGUAAUGACUAUGAUUUAAUGGAGAUGUUGGGGACAAAUGUCUUACACACGUGACAUGACAUGUACAGUAUAUGGCUGAUGUGGAUGAGUGAUACUGUAUGAGUCCGGAUGCAGACUCUGGAUGAAUCUCAAGUCUUUUUCUUGAUUCCUUGUGUCCUCUUGCCGCCUCCUUCUUAAAACAGAGGGUUUCGCUCCGAUGUUUUGAGGAAAAGGCUUUUAAGAUUCAUCCUCAAUCGCUCCUCAGGCACUGAAGGCCUGCCCCAAGCACAGGGGAUGAGGAACUUAAGACUGAAUACUACUAGGAAAAAUAGUCCUCAGAAUUUCAGUCCAUCAAAUACAGCUGUCUGGAUCAGUCCAUCUGAUAGGGGAGGGACUAACACUAAAGCACUUUGGAUCUAGCGCAGGCUGGUUUCUACUGUAUGUUGAGCCUCUGUAUGUACAGCAUGUACUGGCACUAUAGAGAGGAGAUUUAAAAAAAUAAAACUUACACUUGUGUGUUUACUUUGAA